CUCAAACCCUGUCUGUGCUAAGCAGAGGACAGCCAGCCACGCCACUUGCUUAGCCUAGAACCACCCCAAGCCCUGGAGGUACACUGGCACUUGAACUGAUUUUCCAGGCAAAAUGAACAUUCAGGAGUAUUUUGGAAGAAUAUCUUACAGCAAGCCCCAUAAGGAUGCAGACUUGCAGACCCUGACAGCCAUCUUCCAGCAUCACAUCCAGACCAUUCCUUUUGAGAACCUCAGCAUGCAUUGUGGGGAGGCCAUCAAACUGGAUUUGCAAUCUACUUACAAUAAGAUUGUGAGAAAGAAACGUGGUGGAUGGUGCCUGGAAAUCAACCACCUCCUCUUCUGGGCCUUGCAAGAAUUAGGGUAUGAUGUCUGUAUUCUUGGUGCAAACAGCUAUGAGCCAGCAGAGAAGGGAUACACUGCUGUUAUAAACCAUAUCCUGCUGAAGGUGGUGAUCAAGGGAGAUUCCUACAUAGUAGAUGCUGGGUUUGGUGGUGCCUACCAGAUGUGGCAGCCACUGAUGCUGAUUUCUGGGAAGGACCAACCCCAGGUCCCUGGCAUUUUCCACUUCAUGGAAGACAACGGCAUCUGGUACUUUGAGAAAGUCAAAAGGAAGCAUUAUAUUCCUGAGCACAGUAAGAGUGACUUCCCUGAUACUCCAGAACUGGGGAACAUCCGAAAAAUAUACAGAUUUACUCUCGAGCCACGGCAUAUAGAUGAUUUCCAGGAGCUAAAUGCCUACCUCCAAGUGUCUCCAGAUAACAUCCUUCGGAAGAAGUCAAUCUGCACUCUCCAAACCACCAAUGGGUUCCUUGCCUUGGUUGGAUGGACCUUCAGUGAGAUGAAAUACAACUACACAGAGGACACGGACCUGGUGAACAUCACAACCCUUACAGAUGAAGAGGUUGAGAAGACACUGAAAGAUAAAUUCAAUAUAGUACUGGAGAACAAACUAGUACCAGUAAAUGUUCGUGGCUUGCCACCUAAUUUAGUGGAUAAGAUCUAACUGUAACACUGUGCUAGAUAGAUCUUUAAAUAGCCAGGAGAAAAAUUCUAAAAUUAACAUUAAUUACAAUAAUUGCAUUUUUAACUUGAGCUAGUCAUCAAGCUUGGUAAAUUCUAGUACAUUGCUAAUUAACUGCAUAUAUCAAUUGCAUAUUUUUUAUUAAACCUCUCCUUCUUUAGAAAGCAAGACAUCUUACUAGCUCAGUUCGGCUCAUAUGGAAAUUGCUUUUUGACUACUUAACUUUUUGUUCACCUUCUCAAGAACUCAUUUUAUUGCAGAUAUAUUUUGCGGUAAAUGAGACCAAAAUGAUGCAGAAGGAGAGGUUGUGUUACCAUUUUACAUGAAAGACCUAUAACCUUUUUUGGCAUUAUUUCCCAUCUUCUCAGCAACUUUUACAAAUUAUUCACUUCCCUUAACAGUCUUAAAGCUGAGCUGAAUUUGGCUUUUAAAGACUUUGUAGUAAAAAGAAAGGUUAAGACUUUCUCAAAACAAGCCACCAUUAGGUGCUGAGUAACAGAUGAAAACUUGAAGGAUUUGAGUCCUGUUGCCUGUUCAGAAAUUGACUUAAAGUAAGAUAUUUAUCCAAGGGAACCUAAGCCCUCCCCAAAUCUCUCUAAUUUUGAGUACCCACCU